AUGACUUCCGAAGAGUGGUACGGCGCUAACAUUAAAUACCGGGCACCGUUUGUUCCCGUUGCCAAUCGGUCGAUAUGGACGUUGAUGAAUUUUACCGUUUACUUUUGUUCCAAUCAGGACUGUGACAAAACAACCGAACAGUAUCUUACCAGAUGGAUUUCGGUGUUGCACAGACAAGUUUCAAUCUUCACUGAAAUCGAAAAAUCCGUGUACCAUCCGGGAGAAUUGGUCCGUAUACGAGUGAUGAGUUUGACACCAGAGAUGGUCAGUCCAAACUUUCAGUUGACAAAGUAUCCCUCAAAGAAGCUGGUUUUGCAAUCCAACAGCGGGAAAUUACAACUACUACCACUGACCGCAGAGGAUGAAAGCGCCUUGAAUACAGUGAAGUGCAGUGAAGUUUUUGUCAUAAAUACUGCUGACGAGCGCGUGAAAAUGUGGCGUGACGUUUCCUUUCUGGAGGCCACCGAUUUGCGUUACUAUUUGCCCACAACAGCACAGAGUGGGGAAUGGACCGUAGGGGCGACUGUGUUUGGGAAGACAGAAACAGCGCACUUUCAUGUACAACGUCACAUGUUCUCAUCUCUUAUGGUUACGAUCAACCCCUCAGAAAAUCUAACAGUGGAUUCCUCACAUGCCUUGUUCACAGUCUGUUCACAUCGUACAAACGGACAAACCUCCAGGGGAUACGUGAGAGCUCAGAUCUGUAGAUGCCCCCGUCCUCGAGAUAUGGAAGAACAAAAGCGGUUAAAGCAGGCAGUUUUGGCGAAGAAUUCCUGUCCUUUUCGGUCCCAAACUCCUGCCAACACAAGCGGCUGCAUCGAAGCCAAAGAAUGGUUGCAGUUGGAUGGAUGUGCCAAAUUUGACCUUCAAACCAAUAAACUGGUACAAGACACUUCGACGGGUUCGAAAACGGACCAGCUGUUGUUGAUUUGUGCUCACGCGGCUGAAGGAGAACUUGCUGACGCAAAGGGAACCAGGUGCGUGUUUGAUAUUGGUCGGAGAGAGAGAAGUGCCCAGUUAAAGUUAACCUUACCGUCUGUGUACAAUCCCGGGUUACCAACUUCAGGAACGGUUUCUCUUUUCCCUCCUGGGGAGGGACAAGUGUGGUUGGUAUGGGGAGAUGCAGAAGAUAAUCGAGAAUUGCAAGCCAGUGCAAUAAAGUUGAACGUCACAGGCCAAGCUUCUUUCGUUAUACCACCACAGAAUUUGCCAAAGACUCUCUACGUGGAAGCCGUAUGCAUCUCGCAGGACUACGCUAACUCUUACUCUCCGGUCAGAGGAUACAACGGAAAUGGACCAAAUACACUUAUGACCCGUGCAAUCGUAUCACGAUCAACAGAUUCUGGAAACGUGACCCUGCAAUUGUGGCCAACGGCAAACUCUGCACAGUUUAAUUGCUCAGGUAAGCUAAAACUACUAGUAAUCUCCAACAUUCCGUUGUGGAACAAAAUGUUUGAACUUCAAGCUAAUGUUUGGGGUAAGGUGUUACACUUAUCCGUGCCUCCUAUAACAGCUAAACCUGAUGACUGCGUGGAUCAAGAUGGCAUUUUGGGUCACUAUGUCUGUGUACAUUCACAGGGGAAUCAAAUAAGUUGUUUACCCGGUUGGACAGGACCUGAUUGCAUGAUAACCAUCUGUAAGGCCCAUUGCUAUCCUUUAGGUGGCAGAUGUGACUUUAUGGAGCGCUGUGCCUGUUUUGAGGGCUGGACAGGAGCCAACUGCGAUGUGUGUGUACAAAGGAAGGGAUGUGUGCAUGGGAAGUGUGUCAACGGCAGUGACUGUGUCUGUGAUGAUGGAUGGGAAGGUGAUCUCUGUGACGAAGUUCAAGCUCACGGCUAUUCCUCGUAUACGAAGAAGCAGUAUCUCCCCCAUCCCACCUUACGUAAAUCCGGGGAGUUUAACCAACCGAAAAGGACAAUUUUCACACGAUUUUUUGAGUUUGAGCUUAGUAAUGAGUGGAGGGACGCUACAACGCCGGUACUUUAUUUCUACCAUAGGGACAAAAAUAGUGUAAAGGCAGUUGCCACAACUUUUGACAUGCCACAAACUGAUGGAUGCUCAGAACUCGGCGAGCCUCAAUUCUAUAAGAAGGAGAUACAACUUGAUAAAAAACAUACGUAUGCCGGACAAGCUGUGCAACUGACGAUCCAAAUGUGCGGCUCCAGUGCACUACACAGUAGAUCAAGCGUCGGACACAAAGAGCAAGUCUGCUUCAUGCAUGCAUCUGAAACAAUAUCUAUUAAAUACGAUAGGUUGGCUAGAAUACUGUUUAGCUACACAAAAACUGAGCUACCCCAAGUUACUGGCAUGUAUGAGAGUGUGGGCAAUACAAAAGUACUUGGCACUUCAGGGAUUUUGCUGCUAUCUAGCACAGGUAAAGAAUCCUAUAAUGAGGUAGGAGACGAGAAUGUUGAGGUUGACGAUGCAUCGGAAGCGCCCAAUACCAAGGCGAAUGCGAUUGCAUCGCUGAUGAGUGAAUAUCCUUCGAAAAAUUGGCUUUUUGAAGUCUGGCAUUUGCGACAGUGGAAUGUUAACUCAGUAGCUUUUUAUGGAUUUCAAAGAAAUAUUACUGCGCCAGAUGCUGCCGCAACCUGGCAAGUAUCAGCCGUCUGUGUUACCGGAAGUUACGGUUUGUGGGUUUCGCCGCCACAGACGCUAACCGUCGUCAGGCCCUUUGCUGUCUUAACAAGUGUGUCAAAGCAAGUGAAACUGACAGAAGACCCUUACAUUUCUAUUAGUGUCACUGCGAUGCAUCAUGACUUGUUGGAAUUGAAAUGCAUCCCAGUCACUGUGACAUCGACCUCCAACGUCACCGAUUGGAUAACCUUAGGAAGUUACGAGUUUACCGAAUGUGUGUGUCCUGGAGAGACACGAACAUUUGUACUCGGGCUGCGUCCACUACGGCCCGGUAGGCUUGAAGUCACAGCGAGUGUGCACGCUGUGUUUGAUUCGCCUCUGUGCUCUCUGAAUGACCAGCAAAGCUACCUCAUAUCUGCUGAUCACGAGCACUUUAUGGUUGUCUCUGAAACGAUCCGCGUUCUACAGGACGGUUACCCUCAACACAAGAUUUUCGGAGACCUCAUCUGCCUUCAUUCCGGUAAUGGUAGCGUUGAGAAAAUAUUUUCAUUCACUUAUCCUGAAGACAUUGUUCCGGAUUCCCUUACAAUUAAUUUGUCAUACGUGGACGAGUUAUGGGGUAGAGCACUACUCAAUGUUGGCCAUCUUGUUGCAUUACCAACGAGUGGCGCUGAUCAAAACCUACUCUCCGUAUCCAGCAGUUUGUUUCUACUGGAUUAUCUACAAUCCACUAGAAUAGUGAACUUCAAACAGACAUCACUACUUGUGCAGGACACAGUUCGACACAUAUAUGCAGGAUUCCAGAAGCUGCGUAAAUAUCGGCACUCGGACGGGUCGUACUCUAUGUUCGGAGAGUCUGACGGAGAGGGGAGUACCUGGUUGACAGCCCAUGUGUUGCACACAGUGGCUGCACUGCGUGAUGUAAACGGUGAUCUUGUAAGGGACUGGAAGCUGUUGUUCAACGAGACUAUCCAGUUUCUCAUAAAACGUCACCGUCCUGAUGGGUCGGGUUGCUUUGAAGAAAGAAGCCGGCUGACCAACCCAAAAAUGCAGGGACGUUUAGAGGACAGAAGCAAACAAUAUCAGGAAAUGGUGUUAUCGGCAUAUGUUCUGUCGGUUCUUUACGAAGUGGGUCCAAAUUUGGAGGGGUUCCAAGUUCCUUCUUACAUUCCAUCGCUAAACUUGGGCAUCAAAUGUCUACGUUCAGGACCCCUAGGCAUGAUGCUUAGUGAGGGAAGAUUUGAUGAAAUUCCCACCUACGACCUAGCUAUGAUUACAAACACGAUGACUUUACUUCGUUCAGGAGAUUCCUUUACAACAUUCUUACUGAACGAGCUGUUAGAUCGCAAACGUUCUGUAAAAGUCAAAGGAGAAAGGUUAUAUACUUACUGGAAAGCAGGACGGAUCACGGACAAAUAUAACUCCGAUGGUGCAGUUGCAAUGGAUGUCGCGACAACAAGUCUUGCCUAUAAAGCUCUGGUGAACACCGGUUUGAAGUUCCCAGAGUUGUUUUCCAUCGCCCAAUGGCUAUCGACACAGCAAACCCUUUACGGCGGAUUCUAUUCCAUCCACGAUACAUCCCUCGGUUUGGAAGUGAUUGCCAAGGAAGCGAAACGUUUGGCCGUACACCGUACACUCAACAACCUGACAGUAGAAGUAUAUAUGGAACCAUAUGGCUCUUCCUGGCAGAUGGAUGUGACAGAGAAUAACCGUCGGGUUGUGAAUCAGAUUGAGGUUCCGGUCGACAAUUCCACCAUCCUCAACUCUUCCCGGUGGAUUAUGUCAUCUGCUUCUGAAUCUAGAAGCGACUGUCUGUCAGUCCAAACACUGGUGCAAUAUAACAGUUACGCAACAAACAACUCACAUGACUCAGUAUAUCAGCUUUUCGUGGAAAUUGAACAGGGUAAGCAGACGUCGGCAACUGUAUACCCAGUGGCGAAUGUCACAGUGUGCUUCCGUCCGUCCCUUGCAAUGCGUCCUCAUGAUUCCGGAAUACUUCUCCUCCAAGUUAGCAUGGUAAGUGGCUGGCUUCCCGACGAAAAAAAGCUGUUACAAUCGGUUGGAACUAAAGAAGACUCUGUGAGAAGCGUAGAAAUCGACAAAGAUGGAACUGUCGCAUUCCUAUUCAACGGAUUUACGGUUGCUGAGGCGAAUGCUCCAAGCCAAAACGCUUGGUCUAAUCUUACACGAUGUGCCCAAGUGAAUGUGAGGCAGACUGCAUAUGUAAACAACACGCAGCCUGCACAAAUAAAAGUGAUGGAAUAUUACUCCCCCGAAAUAUCUGCUUGGACCAGUUUCUCACUGAAUAAUUGUGAAUCUACCUGGUUAUCUCGGGUAAACCCGCAAACAAACCUGAGCACAACAGAGCUACAGAGCUCCGCUUCCAGCACGGCGAGUACAUUUUCAUCGGUGUCAGCCACGUGUGCUGCCUGCGACUUAACUGAAGAAAAGAAGAAUACACUUACGGAGAAUAUUUAUAAGGGGCUAUGUAUAGGACACAACAAAGCAUGUUUGUUGGACAUACUGUCAGAAGAUUAUGAAGAGUAUAAAGUAACAGUUAGUACAGCAAGUGCAUUUGAUUUUCCCAGGAGCUGGAAUGCCACCCUUAAAAUGUUGGGAUGCUUGUGUGCAGCCGCGGUACCCGGAGAACAACUGCUGAUUUUCUCCGCCUAUCCUCUGCAAAUCUAUCCGGGUGACCUUGAUGUGUUCCUCAGAAAAACGCAGCCGUAUAUCACUGUGUUACCUCUCUCAGAAGUUUUAUCACACAUGAAAAGGGUUCUAGCCUACUGGGGUUCGUAUUCAACCAGAACUGUGGCAAGUGGUGCCAUAAGUUCCUGGGCUCCUAGUGAUGUGACAUUUGAACACAUGAAAUCUUCUUACUGUGAGGUGGUGAGGCACAUAAGCACCAAUUCAUCGAUUUGA